AUGAAAUGGAUCGUAGCUGGCAGACCUGUCGACAUCCGUCCAUUCUCUCUCUCUCUCUCUCUCUCUCUCUCUCUCUGGCAGACCUAUCGACAUCCGUCCAUUCUCUCUCUCUCUCUCUCUGGCAGACCUAUCGACAUCCGUCCAUUCUCUCUCUCUCUCUCUCUCUCUCUCUGGCAGACCUAUCGACAUCCGUCCAUUCUCUCUCUCUCUCUGGCAGACCUAUCGACAUUCUCGUCCUCUCUCUCUCUCUGGCAGACCUAUCGACAUCCGUCCAUUCUCUCUCUCUCUCUCUCUGGCAGACCUAUCGACAUCCGUCCAUUCUCUCUCUCUCUCUCUCUGGCAGACCUAUCGACAUCCGUUCAUUCUCUCUCUCUCUCUCUCUCUCUGGCAGACCUAUCGACAUCCGUCCAUUCUCUCUCUCUCUCUCUCUCUGGCAGACCUAUCGACAUCCGUCCAUUCUCUCUCUCUGGCAGACCUAUCGACAUCCGUCCAUUCUCUUUCUCUGGCAGACCUAUUGACAUCUCAUCCGUACUAAAAAAAGAAAAACUUCAACAUGAUCACGUUUUCAUUAAGUUUUUAUGCCCAAAGCUAUCAUCAAAGAAGAGUUCAUCACUGCCAAAUAUACCAGUCAAAAUGAAGAUCCAUUUAAAUGAUCUACUAUUGUUGGGAUUUAUUUCUUUCACAUACUGGGUUCAUGUCUUGAGCCAACAAGGUCAACAGGCCUAUCCCCCAGGAGUACCGCCUCCAUCUGGAGUACCACCACAACAAUACCAGCAACAACAGUUUCAGCAGCACCCACCCCAGUAUCAACAAGCUCCUCCUCAAAUGCAAUAUCAACAGCAUCCUGGCCAAAUGCAAUAUCAACAGCCACCCCCACAAAUGAUGCACCAAGGUCAAUAUCAGCAGCCGCCACCACAUAUGCAGCAGCAACAGUUCCAGCCACCUCCCGGGAUGCCCCAGCAACAACAAUAUCAUGGGCAGCCCCACCAGGCUGGCCGACACCAUCCAGCUGGUCAUUCACAUGACUUUAAAAAAGAAUCUCACGACAGAGAACACAUAGCAGACCAUUUGAAAGAUGUCGUCAACAAACCUGUAGAACAAAUGACUGAAGAGGAAAUGGAAUUCCAUUACUUUAAGCUACAUGACUAUGACAACAACAACAAAUUGGAUGGAACAGAAAUAACCAAAGCUUUAACUCAUUUUGAAAGAGAAGGACACCAUGAUCCAGCACAGCCUGUACGUACGCUAUCUGACGAUGAAAUAGCUGAAAUUGUUGAUGCUGUAUUGAAAGAAGAUGAUUUAACUGGUGAUGGUUAUGUUGAAUACUCAGAAUUUGUAGUAGCCCAGCGUAAGGCUCGCGGUAAUACGCCAUCACCCCCUAAGGCUCAAGACCAUCCAAGUGGUCAACACUAA